GCAGAACUCCAGAGUGGAGGAAAUCCUGUAGUGAAACCCCAGUCUCGGGGAUGUUCUGCCGUAGCUGUGGGUGUAUUGUGAGUUAGUAUAUGAGUGUAUUCUCCAGUUUUUGUAAGUGCGAGGUGAUUAGAGCGGUGAUUUUCAGCCAUGGCGUUCGAAGUGCCUCGCAUGAAGCUGGGGUCGCAGGGUCUGGAAGUGUCGCAACAGGGACUAGGGUGUAUGGGCAUGAGUUGUUUCUACGGACUUCCUGCGCCAGAGCAGGAAAUGAUCGAUCUUAUUCACUACGCUGUCGAAAGAGGUGUGACGUUUUUGGAUACUUCAGAUAUGUAUGGACCUCACACGAAUGAGGUACUGGUGGGAAAGGCAAUCAAGGGCAUUCGGGAUAAGGUGCAGCUUGCUACGAAGUUUGGCAACAUCUUCGACCAAAAAGGCAAUGUCAUGGUGAGGGGCGACCCUGAAUACGUGCGACAAGCGUGUGAAGCAAGCUUGAAGCGGCUGGACGUGGACUAUAUCGAUCUGUACUACCAGCACCGUCUCGACAAGAAAGUUCCAAUCGAAAUUACUGUAUGUGUAAUCAGUGACAUCCGUCCUCCUCGUGGUUGUUCGAAAGCCUUGGAGCUUUGGGUAAUGUCACAGGUGGCGGCGAUGGCAGAGUUGGUGAAGGAGAAAAAGGUGAAGUACUUGGGGUUAUCAGAGGCCAAUGCAUCUGAAAUCAGGCGUGCCCAUGCAGUGCAUCCCAUCACUGCCGUUCAACUGGAAUGGUCUCUGUGGGUUCGUGAUCUCGAGAAAGAGAUAGUCCCCACUUGCAGGGAGCUAGGGAUCUCCAUUGUAUCUUACAGCCCACUGGGUCGCGGCUUCUUUGCGGGCUACAAUCCACAAGAGGCCAAGGAGGGUGACUUCCGUAAAAUGUAUGGGAGGUUAUCAGGGGAGAACUUAGCGAAGAACGAGAAGCUGCGUCAACGAGUGAUGGAGAUAGCGGAGGGAAAGAAGUGCUCUAUCAAUCAGCUCGCUCUCGCAUGGGUUCACCAUAAGGGCAAGGACGUGGUACCUAUCCCAGGCACGACGAAAAAGAAGAACCUGGACUCCAACAUUCAAGCACUGCAAGUGACUUUGACUAGUGAGGAGAUGGCAGAGCUGGAAGCAGCUGUGCCGGAGGAGGAAGUUGCAGGGGAUCGUUACGGCAAGGCAACUUUGCAAGCGACAUGGAGGUAUGCAUCCACACCACCUCUGUCAUCCUGGAAUCCAAGCUCGGUAACUGCAGAAGAGGGCCUUCAUACAAUCUGAACCUGAAUCUGAUCAGCUGUGAUGGACUUCGCCGAAGCUGUGCUCUGCACAAAUCUAUCUAUCGCUGGUGUUGAGCACCAUGUUGAGUGGCAGUAUCUUCACAGAUCAGUGAAUCCAGUGUUCGCCGAUCUUAGUUGCUCUCGGAACCAUUCGAAUCUAAAUGUGCGCCUUGAAACUCCCCCGACACUCUCAAUCACUUCGAAUGAAUUCUGACAGCAUUGAAUCUGAACUUGAACACACACACACACACACAUAUAUAUAUAUAUAUAUGCACACACAGAACUGUAUGUACAUCCAUACAUAGCAAGUAAUAAGUCAAAAUGUCCAAGCAAAUCGCCUCAAUAGACGUAGUAUCAUAAAACAUGCACUAUCUUGUAUAUAAUGUUAUUUAUACUCACACUCAUACAUAUGUCUGAUAAUAUUUUCUA